AUGUUUAGUCAAAUUGCAAAGAUCAAUGACCACCUCUACCUUAGCAGUUUGGAGGCACUGACACCGGCCCGACUACAGCACUACGGCGUGACGCAAGUGAUUUCCGCUAUGGUGGAGGCACUUCCAGCAGAGCUGUUGACAGAAGAUGGAUCCCGGACGCGAUCUCACGUACAGAUUUGUGUAGAAGACAUAGAAAGCGCAGACCUAAGUGCUUAUUUUGACUCAGUUGCGGAUCGCAUAGCUCGGGAGGCACGACGCGGAGGGCGCACCCUUGUACACUGUGUGGCUGGAGUUUCGCGCUCACCCAGCCUAGUUCUUGCAUACCUUGUAAAGCACUCAAGCAUGACGUUGGCAGAAGCCUACCACCACGUCCACCGUCUCCGACCCUGCGUACGUCCUAAUCCAGGCUUCUGGCGUCAGCUAAUUGCGUAUGAAAUCGAGCGGCGUGGUGUGCCUUCAAUGCGCCUGGAGGGUAGCGUUGGUAAUCUCACCUCUUGUCCCUCCCCAACUUCUUCUACUCUAAUAUGGAAUCGUCUCACAAACGCGGAGGCACUACAGCAUUAUCGCCAACAAUGGCGCGGAUACCUUCAUGAACAUUAUUGA